AUGAUGACUAUUUUCCAGUACGAGUCAAUGUUCCAAGUUUUACUGUGGCCACCACAAUUCCAUGCACAAGACUUUCAUUACGAUCACUCAGGUGAGCGUGUAAUAGCAGACGCGGUUGCGGAGAAGGUUCGAAUAUUUUGUUGGAUUUUGACCUGUAAGGAGAACCACCAGCAGAGAGCCAUACAUGUGAAAGCAACAUGGGUAAAACGUUGCAACAAGUAUGUGUUUGUUUCGUCAGAUGAUGACCUCAACUUACCCGCAAUCAAUCUAAAUGUCUCUAACGGCCGUGAUCAUCUAUGGGCAAGAACUAAAGCUGCAUUUAAGUACAUACAUGACUCCUAUUUGAAUGAGUUCGAUUGGUUUCUGAAGGCGGACGACGACACGUAUGUCAUACUUGAGAAUUUAAGAUAUAUGCUUCUUCCUUACUCUCCUGAACAACCUAUCCACUUCGGAUGCAAAUUCAAAAUGAUGGUCAAACAAGGCUAUCACAGCGGUGGUGCAGGUUAUGUUCUCAGCCGUGAAGCACUGAGAAGAUUUGUGAAUGAAGGUCUCAACGAUACAGAGAAAUGUUCUCCCAAAGAAGGUGGAGACGAAGAUGUUGAGAUAGGGAGAUGUUUAGAGAAUAUAGGAGUGUACGCCGGAGAUUCUCGUGAUAACUCACAGCAUCACAGGUUCAUGCCAAUGGCUCCCGAGGAUCAUCUCAUGACAGGCCAAGUUGAAAAGACAAAGUGGGUGUUUGCCUACACCUAUUAUCCAUUUGAACAAGGCCCAAAUUGCUGCUCUGACUACGCUAUCUCAUUUCACUACGUUCACGCUAGUCUCAUGUAUGCGCUGGAGUACCUGAUCUAUCACUUGAAACCUUUUGGGGUGGAACGGUCACUCAGGAUUGGCAAAAAUGAAACCAUAUUGCAAGCAGCGUAUUCAUCCGCACGUCAAGCAAUGGGGCCCGAUGGUUUCUACCAAAAUGUAACACUACCUUUAUGACACUUAUAUCGCAAUUCUUUCAAGUGUUCAACAGAAGCUUGCUUCUGUACCAGCUCCGGGUUAUGUAUUCGAUGUAUUUUCAUUUCUUUUUCUCGCGUAUCGCUUAAAAUUUCGAGUGUAGUGCAAAGUUCGCUUGAAUCUAUUAAGAGCAAUUUUUGCUGUACAUUGAGCAAGCAAUGUGAUCAUUGCUGUGUUGUUGUUAUCACUUCCGAUAAUUCAGUCUCUGAAUCAGCGUAUUUUCUAGCUUUUACACAUUGUUCGAAUCAAUUCUUGAA